UUUGACCCUACCCGGCCUCCGGCUUUCCCAGUCCCCACCCACAAGCCAGCGGAAUCUUACCGAUUCGGCAAUCGAGCAACAAAUCGAUCUCCGUGCAAUUCCACUUCCCGAACCAUAUCCCUCCACCGACCCAAACCCUAGAGCGCACCCACGUCCCUUUCCCUUCCCCCGGCGUUCGGGCCGGUGUCGGUGAUGCGGGCGCUGCUUGCAGACGGCGGGAUGGCGCUGGCGGUGACGCCGGAGGCCAACUUGUCGUCGGGCGGCGCUGCGGUGUCUCUGGGGCCGUUAUGGUGGGCAUCGGAGUGCCACGGGGUGCUGUACAGCCUGGCGGUGAUGCUGCCGUCGCUGGCCUUCGUGGGGUUCCUGGCGUGGCAGGCGCGGCGGAGCUUCCGUAGGCUCAGCUACGGCCGCUCUCACGUCGUCGUAGUCGCGUACUACGCGCUCCUCUGGGCCGUCGCCGUACUCAAUCUCCUCUGGUGCUUCCUGCAGGCAUGGCAAUGUAUGCCUGACAGGGCGUUCUCUUGGAAUGUACUGUCACUGUUUACAAAAUCAGGAAUGUUAUUCUUGGAAAUCAGUCUCAUAGCCUUUCUACUUCAAGGAAAUGAUGCCAGUGGUUUUGAAUCUUUGGCACGAACCUUUGUUAUCUCUGGAGCUGUAGUUGCUGCUGAUGUAUUACUCAAGACUAUAUAUGUUUUUGGCUUUGGUGUUCCUUUGUUCAUUGAUGUUGAUCAAGGAACUGGUGGAAAAUGGGGCCUAUGGAUUCUCCACAAACUUGUGCUUACUGGAGUCUAUGGCCUGAUUGUUUUCAUGCAUCAUUCAAGAUGGAGAGACAGGCUGCCUGCAAAACCAGCAUACUACAACUAUGUAUGUGCGAUGUUGCUAUUGAAUGGCCUAUCACUGUUUGGAUGUUUCCUCAUUGCAAGUGGAGCUGGAUUUGGUUUAUGGUUAUAUAAUCUCACAACCGUAUGCUAUCAUUCUCUUUACCUUCCCCUCCUAUAUGUGACUUUCUUAGCAGACUUCUUCCAGGAGGAAGACAUGCUCCUAGAGAACGUCUACUAUUCUGAAAUGAAGGAUGCUGGGUUCUUUGAUGCGGACUGGGAUUGAUCUGUGGCUGCUGCGUUGUAUGACCACUCCCAUGUGAACUACGCUGUAUUUUUGUUAUCUGUGUACUGAACGUAGAACAGAAAAUGUAUGUAGCUAACCGUGGUAAUGAAUGGAAAUAUGUAAAUCUUACUGCUGCAUACUUCAGAUUUCAAGUGAUUUCACUAUUGAGAUUGGUCAUAUUUAUUUAUA